AAGCGGUGCCAUCAACUCGCAUCUGGUGAGAAGUCCAGUGCAGUCUUGAACUUUUGCUCUUUCGACUCUUAGUCUUCCUCUUAGGCCGCUAUAGCAUAUCGGCUAUCAUGCUGUAUACACGAGGAGGAUCUCGAUCGGGCUGGAUAGAAGAACCAGAAACUACGCCUAUUGUGCGGGAAAAAAUCAUUGCAGAUGAGCAAACAAGGGAAGCGAGACACGAACUACAGUAUCAGUUACCCGACAGCUAUAAAGUAUUGAAACGCAUAUCAACCCUAACUACCAUUGAUAAACCAACAAAAACUAUCAAGACGCCUUCCACAAGAAUCGACGAACUCCUCAAACGUUCAACGGAAGAAUCUCCAAGGCCAACGACAACCCAUAACAACCUAGUUCCGCACUGGAAUUACCAAAAAAACUCCUUGGCGGUAGCAUGCGUCCUCGGUGCCAUCACCGUACUAGGCAUUAUCUUCCUCAGCGUCUUCACUGUCCGAAAGAUCCGGAGAAGCUGGAAGCGCCACAAGCGCGAAAAGAAAGACUAUGACGCUUUCAAACAUCGAAUACUUGUGAAUAAAAGUAACAGAAACUCGAAUGCCUGCUUUAUAACCGAAAGCAAGUCUAGUCGUGAAUCGAUGAUGUAUAGCCGUGAUAACGCACCGUCGGGGGGUUACGUCGUCGAGCAAACAGGGGGGUCUGUGACCCGCGUGUAUUGCGAAGGCAAUAAUGUUUCGAGUCAGACGUUUGAUUCUAUCGGUGCUUCUCCGGACAAAAGGAGCCCUCCCUAUGAGAAUAAGCGGACUCUAGGAGGUCGUGCCGAUUCGCGUACGCCUUCGGGCAAAGGGCGUGCUGGUUCAAUUCCGAGACCGAUUGUCGUGGUGCCAUCUCCACUGAGACAUGUCUCCUCGCAGAAAGCCACGCCUGUUCUGCAGCCUACUAGUCCCAGCACUCCUGAUUCUGAGCAGCUAUCCGUGUCCCCUGCUUCGCCGCAAGAUACCGAACCGGUGGGUAGACCUUCCAGCCGCAACUCGUUGCUUCGGUUGCCUUCUAUCAAGAAAUCUAUAUCUCCUUUGCAUACUUCCACUUACACUCCUCAUCUAUUUGACUCUAUUUAUCCGUCCGUGAACCUCGUUGACUGGAUCUAAAUCUGUUAUACCUACUCUCCAAGCAUAAAGUUGAGGCGUCAUAGUAGCUACCACAAUAUAAUCAAUAUGUGCACAAUCCACUCAGACACUGUAGCAUUGCUGUGACUAUUAGUAUCCAUGGUCA